CACACCUUCAGGGAAAUAAUUUCAUGACCAGUCUGUACGAGGAGGUGCACCGCUGCCUCACUGGCCACACCCUGCUGGACAAAAGACUGAGCCUGGUGCCGCCGGGCCUGAUCAGCACGCAGGUGGGCGUGGCUCUCGCCCUGGCCUGGCAGGGACAAGAGUACCCUCUGCUGUUGGUCGGCGUGGACCUGGUGCCGGUGCUGGAGGUGCCGUGGCCGGGAAAAAUUCCCAGACCCUUCCUCACUCCCGCGGACACCACCACCAUACAGCUCAGUAAUGCCGCGGACGCCACAUGGCGCUGCAGCUUUGCCUUGGCAGAGGCAAAGGUGCUGGAGACGUUGAGCCCUGUAGAGCGCCAGGCACAGCUGAUGGGAAAGGUAAUUCUGUCUCGCCUGAAGGCCGAGCCCUGGAUGCCACGUCACAAGAAGAGCUUCUGCACCUGGUUUGACACACGUGAGUGGAACAUCCCGGUGCCGAGCGGAUUCUGCUUCAAGAACGCAUUCCUGCGGUGGCUGGAGCAUAAGAGGUGUGAGGAAAAGGACCUUGGCAGGCAGCUGGGAACGGGACGCAAAGAGGAUCUAGCGAGGCACCGGGGAGAGGGAGGCAAAGAGGAUCCCACCAGGGAGCUUGAGGCAGAGCGGGAAGAGGACCCAAUCAGAUGGGUGGUGGAGGUGUUCAGGCUGAUGUGUGCAAACCCAGAGGAAUCACGAGAGCACCUGGCAACUCUAAACAGCCCCGCCUACUUCGGAGGGGACUGUGAGGGCCGCAAACCUGGAGACGGGGCGCCCAUCGUUGUGCAGUGUCUGGAGGAGAACUUGGAAAAUUUGUGGUCAGGCUUGGCUGACCAGCGAGAUCUGAGCCAAGACAGCCAGGAAGCGAUGAGGAACAUAAUGCUGGGGCUAGACCUCUGGAUACUGAUGAUGCAGCUCCACGGUGACGAUCAGCAGUGAUUCACACCACCCUCUGUAAACUACUCCUUACCC